UCACGUGACGUGCUGGGCUCAGUGGGUGAGGGGGCUGAUGUCCUGGGGGCGCGGCUGUAGCCCUCCGGUGCCGUCUCUGGCCCUAGGCCACUGUGAUGCAAAGGACGAACACUGGCCAGCACGCACGUGACGUUGCAUUAGCGCUGCCGGUUGCAUUGGGCCAUUGCGCGCCGCUUGCAGAUGUGUCAUACGCACGUCGGUCGUGCCGGGCCAGUCCCGGACUUCGUCUACUGACGAAACCAGACACAGAACUCCCAAGUAAAUGCGCCGCCAUUGACUGCAUAUCUCCAUUGCACCCACUUUAUGGAAAGGGUUUGUGUGAAAGUUAUUCGUAAUCUUUGACUCAGCGUUAAUUUCGGUCCAAUAAUUUUUAUGUUUUGUAGACUCAAUUAAUGGAACUGUCUUGAGAUAU